AUCUUGUGAAGAUUAUGCAUGAUUAUUCUCCCUAUCUGAUAGAUAACAUUAUUACAAUAAUGUUACACAUAUUAUCAAACUCGCAUAAUGCCCUAAUCUCCAAAGUGAAUUAGUUCGGCGAUGAAGAUAAACAAUAUACAAAUCGUUUUAUCUUGUCUUAUAACGGUCACUGUUGUGCAGUCCGUUGUAUUCCUGACUAUCACCAUAUAUUGGUCAAGAUUCCGGAAUGCCAACAACGUCCCCAAGACGUCCCAACUGUGCGCGGAUUGUAAGGACCUCGUACCUGAAUAUGACAACAGUGGUAUUAUCAGUCAAGUUGAACAGUUCCGAACAUAUCCUAGCUUGCAAUGCUGUGGAGGCACGGAAGAUUUUCUUCGUUUGGCUUCUCAAAAGGUAACAAAGGAUACUUUCUACAGCCGCAUACGAUAUAUGGUAACCGAGUCUGUGUAUAGCAUGUGUGACUCAGACGUAGAUCAGACACCCUACGUACAGGCUGUAGGGAUAAGAGGAUACAAACCUAUUGGAGCCCUGAAUCUACUUCUAUGGAACGAGAACCGUAAGACGGUGACGCAGCCAAGCAUUCAUCGCAUCACACACUUGCAUGAAGAGGGUGAAAUAUUCAUCCGACGAGCUGGUUUGUACACAGUGUCAAGCCGACUUUUCCUUCAAGCCAACGUUACGACGCUUGAUGGGAUAUUUUCACACUAUAUAUACGUCUUAUCGCAUAAAUACGGGUCUUGGCGAAUGCUGACUGAACGCAAAAUGUUGCUGGGUGAGCACACAAAAUUCAGCAUGAUAAACGCAGUCUUUAAACUGGAUCUUCAUGAUAGACUCUCUGUUGCCGUAACAGACAUGAAAAACAUUGAUACAAACAGCGAUGAUAAUGUGUUUUCAGUCCAUUUUGCCUAACUGUUACAUGUCGAGCCGCGCCUUAAUGUAGUAAGUGCGGAAAUAUAACCACCAUUCUCACUCUAACCAGGCAUAUAAUCCAUUCACAUACAUGACAGUAUAACACCUUCAUGAGUUUGGACUCAUCUGAUCACUUAAAACUUAUUUGUGAGCUCAAGCCUUAUCAAGUUGGAAAGAGCACAUAUCAGGUCAGGAGUUUGCUCGUUUAUAUUCAGAUAAUUCAAUAUACAUCUAUUGUAAAUCAUUGUAAAUAAGAAUAUAAAUUCUCUGCAUAAGCGGUAGCAUUCGUAUACGUUUAUUGAAAUGGUAUGUACCGUUUGUUUAUCUUUAUCCUUUAAAAGGUAAAAUGCUUUUGCUUGCUGGUUUGCAUCUUAUAAAUGAAAUUUUAAUUAGCAAUUAAAUUGAAAUGUGUUCUCUAUUAUUUCUGUUCGAUAUCAAUUGUAGUGAAUCCAGGUAAAUUUUAAGACUCUGAAAUGUUUAGUAAAUAACACCAGGUUCGUGGAAUUUAACCUCAAAUGCUGAGCUUUGACUAGUCCAAAGCAGUGACACCAGUAUUAUAUAUUGUCGUUUGUAAUAUGUUUUGUGUCAUAUUGGGUGGAAAUCGGUUCAUAUCCAUAAAUUACGAACCACAUGUUACAGUAGGUCUUCUCUCCUCUGAGAGCAGCUGAAGUUUUAUUUUACUUAUAUUUGUUAGUUUAGUUUUUUUUAUUCAAUAAAGUUUAUACCUGCCAUUAUGUUUUUGCAAUGAACUUUCUGUGGCUUGAGUAACCUUGAAGAUGACUUGCAAAUGUACGUUUGCGAAUUCCGCUAAAAACCUGUUUGUACUAGCAUAAAAAAAACAACAAAACAAAUUUAAUAAAAAAACUUUUGUUUGAAUGACAGUUUACCUUGUAAUGUAUUUAAAAAAUACAUGACUAUAAAUAUUAUAA